UGAAAAUAUCCAAAAAUUAUCGUGAAUUACUGUUAAAAACAUGUUAACCAACAUUAACGAAUUGAAGGAGGAGCAAAAAGACAAACAUCCCGGAUUCGGUUCGUAUUUUGAGUGCAUGUCACGCGCUUACCUCACCGGCUUGGCAACAUUUUCUCUCGUAUUUCCCGGUUUGCACUUUUCGCAGAAGAUUUUCGCACGAUAUUUGCCUUACAAUCCAUCAAAGCUCGGAGUUUUGGUGUCAGCUGUGAUUGCGUCUGCUGGAACGUACAAAGUUACUGCCGAUCGAACGCUCGAUUGCCAAAUAGCUUGGGUUGAUUCGGAGAAAAAACCAGAAUAG